GAAAUGGAGGAUGACGCGGACGAAAGCGCAUCUUUGAAUGAAGCGGGUGAACCAGAAUUGGUCAGUAAAAACGGUGCAACUUUGGUGGUGUGGAAGUGGUUUGGUUUUCGUCCAUCAGAUACCCACCAAAGCACAAUUUUUUUGUAGAACGUGCAAGCGGGCCGUCAUGGCGAAGGGAGGAAACACUACAAACAUAUUUUAUCAUUUGAAGCAGAAGCACUUCUUGGAGUACAAAAAAGCCAUUAAAGCACGUGAAGAGUUGUGCGCUUCAACUAGCGAGGUGGUGAGACCAAAGAAGAUGACUCAACAAACAAUCGACGUAGCUUUAAAUCGCUGCACGCCUUAUGACAAAAGUAACAAACUCUGGGGGGAAAUAACUGAUGCAGUGACACAUUGUUUAGCCAGGGAUAUGAUGCCAAUUCAGAGUGUGGAAAGAGAAGGUUUCAAAAAGAUGCUUGAAACGUUUGAUCCACGCUACAAGCUACCCGCAAAGAAAUACUUCUCUAAAGUCGCCUUGCCUGCUUUAUAUGAAGAGAUCCGUACUGAGGUGUCAAAUGCGUUAUCUUCGGUGGAGUUUUUUGCGUCCACCACGGAUACGUGGUCAAGCCGAACAUCAGACCCCUACAUGAGCCUCACAAUACAUUACGUGGACAAAGACUGGCAGCUACAAAACAAGUGCCUCGAAACAAGUUUUUUCCCCGAGGACCAUACUGGGGAAACUAUAGCCAGAGUCUUAAAAGAGUUCCUCAGCUCGUGGAAUCUUCAGGAGGAAAAACAAGUGUGUGUGACGACAGACAACGAGGCCAACAUUGUGAAAGCCGUCGCACUCAACAACUGGACCAGACUUUCAUGCUUCGGACAUUGCCUGCACAUUUGCAAUAGAAAGAAGUGUGAAGGAUCCAAGGAUCGAACGAGCAGUUGGAGUGGGAAAGAAGAUUGUUGCUGCUUUUGGCCAGAGCUGGAAGCGCCAGCGAGCUCUGCAGGCUGCCCAAAAGGAACUGGGCCUACCAGAACACAAACUCAUAACUGAAUGUUGCACUCGUUGGGGUUCAAAGCAGAGAAUGAUCCAACAGCUGCUGGAACAAGGAAAAGCUAUAAACCAGGUUUUAGCUGCUGAUAAAACCACAAGGUACCUCAUGUUGACAUGGCAAGACAAUGAAGUGCUUGACUCGGUCAGCACUGCACUGAAUCCACUCC